AGCCCUUUCAUUCCGCUGCUUGCAUGUGUUCACUUUCUCGCCUUGUUUACUUUAAAUACCCCUGUAUCAUCCCUACUUCCUAGCAGUCCGCUUCCCAAACGAAGCCCUUUCAUUCCGCUGCUUGCAUGUGUUCACUUUCUCGCCUUGUUUACUUUAAAUACCCCUGUAUCAUCCCUACUUCCUAGCAGUCCGCUUCCCAAACGAAGCCCUUUCAUUCCGCUGCUUGCAUGUGUUCACUUUCUAGCCUUGUUUACUUUAAAUACCCCUGUAUCAUCCCUACUUCCCAGCAGUCCGCUUCCCAAACGAAGCCCUUUCAUUCCGCUGCUUGCAUGUGUUCACUUUCUCGCCUUGUGGUCUUUUCAUAUCCUUCUCGGCAUAUAUGAGGUCAUCGAUACACAGCCAAACCGAAUCAAUUGCAGAAUCCCCCUUGUGGCUUUUAAUUGCAAAAAUGCUGGUAUUGGUUUUCCUGAUAGCGAUUGCUGGAAUUUCCUUACAGUCAGUUCCUUCCUUCAAUCACCGUCCUAGUUUCUUCAUCCCGCGCUCUAAUUUUCCGGUCAUUCGAGCCCAACUGUCCCCGAAAAGGAGAGAGGAGGAAGAUGUGUUGAACAUGAAGGAAUGGGAACUUGGAAUGUUUCAAAACGAAGUCGCUGCGAGUCAAGGCAUAAGAAUAAGGCGAAGACCACCUAUGGGUCCGCCGUUGCAUUACAUGGGCCCUUUCGAUUUCCGUUUGCAAAACGAGGAUAACACUCCUCGCAGUUUUCUCGAAGAAAUCAUUUGGCAAAAAGACGUGGAAGUUUCCCACAUGAAAGAGAAGAAGCCUCUGGCUUCAUUGAAGAAGUUUAUCGAGAAUGCAGCUCGCACUAGAGACUUCGUCGGAGCUCUUAAGGCGGCGCAUUCACGGACUGGGUUGCCUGGUUUGAUUGCUGAAGUUAAGAAGGGUUCGCCUACCAGAGGAAUUCUCAGAGAUGAAGUUAAGAAGGGUUUGCUUUGGAAGGAGAAAGUAAAAAAAUCAACUAAAAUACAAAAUCUAAUGGCCAUAUUUAGAUUCUUACUACUACUACUAUUAUGAACCAACCAGUUGGGCUCGAAUGACCGGAGAAUUGGAGCGCGGGAUGAAGAAAUUAGGACGGUGAUUGAAGGAAGGAACUGACUGUAAGGAAAUUCCAGCAAUCGCUAUCAGGAAAACCAAUACCAGCAUUUUUGCAAUUAAAAGCCACAAGGGGGAUUCUGCAAUUGAUUCGGUUUGGCUGUGUAUCGAUGACCUCAUAUAUACCACGAAGGAUAUGAAAAGAAAACAUGGCGAGAAAGUGAACAGAUGCAAGCGGCGGAAUGAAAGGGCUUAAUCAAUUCUUUUUUGGAGUCUAAACUCUGCAGAAUUUGAAAAUAAUUUGUUAAUAUAUUAAAUGAUAGUUGCGAACCAAAAGUUGUUGAGGA